AUGCCUGCUCCUCCUGACCACCAAGCCUACUUCAUCAUGCGUUGGCCCUCGUACCUGUUGGUCAUGGCUCACGUCCGCAUCCGUACCUCCCCUGCCGACGGCUGUCCCUCCACUUACUGUCGAGCCCCCGGAAGUCAUACCGCCCGCCCAGCAGCUUCCAUUUCACCUGUGCCAGUGGAAAGCCCUACACCCCUGACUCUCGCCUUAUCCACCGAUUCCGAGCCCCCGACUCGCCCGCCUUCAGUUCCUUCUUAUAUUGAGUCUGCUCCACCUACUCGACCACCUUCAGUUUCUCCUCCUCCACUGCCACCGAAGGACACUUCGUUUAUGCGGGCAUCUGCGUUUGCACUUCCUGAUUCCCCUCACUACCCAUCUAUCCCUUCCCCAUCUCCUCGACCACACGCUACUCAGCAUCAGAUCUUCCAUGAGUAUCCUCAUAUCCAGCCUGCACUCAGGAAUAAGGCUAAGUCAGUCAUCUCGCUUUUCAAGAAGCCACCGGCAAUUGAGGAAGCCGAAAGUGAGUCUUCACCCAGUGAACGGGACGAGGAUGUUGCCACGCUAGCUACGGUCAGUGAGGCGCGCAGUCAGUAUCGCCGUUGGGGCCUUAGUCCUCAUGCGAGCAUUCAGGAUGUGGCUGGUUGGGAGGAGUCGCAAUGGGAUGAGGAAGAACCUUCCACUCCUCGAGCGCCGACCUUUGACAUGUAUGUGCCCCCAGUCAAGAGCGGAUCGUCGUCCUCCCCUUCUCCCCCGAGAUAUGGUCAUGGUCAUACUCACGGUCGUUCAAGAUCUGCUACCAUCGCAUCUUCCUAUGCGGUGUCGCCACCAUCGACCUAUUCCCGAAAUCGACCUAUAACGUCUUCCCCUACGAUGUCUACCACACGUGCACGAUCGGGCUCCGGUGCUAUACCGCCGAAAAUGCAGCUUUAUCACCAUGGAAUGUCAGUGGCACCAAGUGCCUCAGAUAACACUGUUUAUCACCCAUCGUCUGUCUACUCUGCUGAUGAGUACGAGUCUGAUAGCAGUGUCACCACACCUGUUUUCCCCAGCAACAACCCUCGACGGGGGUUCGUAUAUUAA